AUGAAGAUGUUUUACCAAUAUAUAAAGAGAGCAAAAGAAAGGGAUGUUGUGGAUAUAGUAGUCCCAGAGGAGCAUUGUGAAAUAUUGAACAAAAUAAUCAUAACAAGACAGGAAGUGUUCGAGGAGUUGGGAUCCUUGAAAGUGGAUAAGUUCCCUAAGGUGUUAAAGGAGGAACUGUAUAAAGAGCUGGAAGCCAAGCAGUGUGCAUAUGACAGUGUUUACACAAUGAUGGAACAAUUCCUCAGUGACUGCGGAGACUCAAAGAGAUCAAAGACAGAGCACAGCUUCCACACAUUACACCACAAGUGGAACACAGUUCAUCUGAAAAUGCAGGAAAGAAAAGGCUGCCUGGCUCCCGUGAAGAUCAUCAUCCCAAAGGGAUCCAUCCUGGAUCCAUCAGUGGACGCUGCGGUUGUAGGCGGUAACGUGCUGACAUCACAGCGAGUCGUCGACGUCAUAUUCAAAGCAUUUGAGGUUUGCGCAGCCUCACAGGGCUGCAUGAACAACAUCACCUUUGGUAAUGAGCGAGUGGGUUAUUAUGAGACAGUAGCUGGAGGAUCUGGAGCAGGUCCUCACUGGGAUGGGCGAGGAGGGGUUCACACACACAUGACCAACACCCGGAUCACAGACCCCGAAAUCCUGGAGAAAAGGUAUCCCGUCAUCCUGAAGAGAUUUGAACUGAACCGAGGAUCAGGGGGUAAAGGUCGCCAUCCUGGGGGUGAUGGAGUCAUUCGGGAGCUGCUGUUCCGAGAGAGAGUCGUCCUGUCAGUGCUGACAGAACGGAGAGCUUUCUGUCCCUACGGACUAAACG